UUCGUUUGUCUGUUGUCAGCAGUGACGGCCAGCUGUACCGUAAAUUUGCAAAACUUUAGUUGCGAAAAUAAAUUAUUAUUUCCAUACUAGUCACAUUAUGUUGCAUUUAAUAAAAUAGAAUAUGUAUUAGAGUAACAAUGCCGCGAUUAUACAUCGGUUUUGUAUUGAUUUGUUUAGUAUAUCACUUAUCUACGGCGUCCGCUCACGAUCACUUGCUCGAAGGUAUUUACUGCGGCAAAGCGAACUGCUACGAAGUUUUGGGAGUCACGAGAGAGGCUACUAAGAAUGAGAUCGCGAAGAACUAUAGGCAGUUGGCAAAGAAGUUCCACCCGGAUUUGCAUCGAGGCGAGGAGAAGAAAAAGGAAGCAGAGGAAAAGUUUAAGGAAAUAGCGACUGCGUACGAGAUACUUCGCGAUGAAGAAGAAAGGUCAGACUACGACUACAUGUUGGAUAACCCUCAGGAGUACUAUGCCCAUUACUACCGAUACUACAGACGCCGUAUGGCACCUAAAGUAGACGUAAGAAUUGUUUUAGCUGUAACUAUAACCAUCAUAUCCAUUAUACAGUACUACAGUGCCUGGUCCAAGUACGAUACAGCUAUUAAAUAUUUCAUGACGGUCCCAAAGUACAGAAACCGAGCACUAGAUAUUGCCAAAGCGGAAACUAAAGAAUCUCAAACUAAAAAAGGUAAGAAAAGUAAAGCAGAGUUGAAAGUAGAGCAAGACAUGAUUAUAAGGAGAGUCAUAGAGGAAAAUAUGGAUAUAAAAGGUGCAUAUGCUAAACCAGAGAUUAAAGAUAUAUUAUGGAUUCAGUUGAUCAUAUUUCCAUACACAGUGGGCUAUUAUAUUUACUGGUAUUUAAGAUGGUUGUGGAAGUUCACUAUUUUAAAACAGCCCUACGGCAUUGAAGAGAAACUUUACUUGAUAAGGAAGUACAUGAAACUCGGACAGCAUCAGUUUGAUGCUUUAGAAGAGAAGGAAAGGCAGGAGUUUUUGGAUGAAGAGCUUUGGAUUAAAGAGAACUUUGAAGUGUGGAAAGAGAUCAAAGAUGAAGAAACCAAGAAAGCUCUUGCAGAGAACAAUAAAUAUAAGCAAUACAGACGGUACAUCAAGCAACAUGGCGUUGGUCGCAUGACCUUUGAUGACUCAUGAGAAUAUAUAUUUGUUUUGUUUAAAUAUUAUAUUUAUUUAUGAAAUAGUGUUAAACUGUGACUUGAGAGAUAAGAUUUUUAAUCAAAACUUUAUACUUACCAGACUGAAGCACGAGUGAUUUUUACUUUUCUGCUUUAUUUUGUCGUAAAGUGCAGACUGAUUGGCGAGUAGAGACGCGGCGCGACAACUAGCGGCUAAUGCUCAUUCAUUUUCAUAAUUUACAACCAUAUUAUUGUCAGUAAAUAAACUGACUUUUAAGUUUAUAAAAAAUGGAAGUCACACGUCCACACCAUUCCACUCCAUCUGUGGGCCUUACUCUUAAAGGCAGUUAGGUAUAAAAUUACCUAGAUAUUUAUUAUUUUUACUUUUCGAGGACUGUUUAUUAUAAUUUUACUAUUAUUUAUACUCGACAACACAACGAAACUCUGCCACAUGGUAAUGUAGCCAAAUAUCUUGGUAUGCAUCUUGAUAGAAGACAAACAUGGCAAACACAUAUAAAAAAAAAGAGAGAAGAGCUGCGUGUACGCACGAGAUCGCUAAUGUGGUUACUUGGCAGACACUCCCGACUAUCACUUAAUAACAAAGUACUCAUAUACAAGAGCUUUUUAAAACCCGUAUGGACAUAUGGCUUGGAGUUGUGGGGCACAGCCAGCAAUUCUAACAUAGAAAUACUACAGCGCUAUCAAAACUCAGUCUUUCGCACAAUACUGAAUGCUCCAUGGUUUACUAAAACAAGUGAAACACAUGAGUAUCUUGCAAUGCCCACAAUCAAAGAAGAAAU